GAGGGCUCACUGGCCUGUCGUAUUCGGCACCGCUCCACCAUGACAGAGGCUGCUGCCCUUGCUCAUGACGAGAAGCGACCGCCUUGCGUCUGGCCCGCCGCCGACUAGACCUCGUGCUGCGCUUCUAGCCGUGUGCUCUCGCCCCGGCCACGAGAAACCUGCGACUUGCAGCGUAGCGUGCGGCCACCCGUCACCACGUUCCCUGACAGCUUGUGAUUUGGCAGUCCCACGAACGCCCGUGGCCGUCAUUCGGCCAGCGAGCCAUCCUGAAUGGGCAGUCGUUGACGACUGACCCAGAGCCGAGAAACGUUCCUGUAACGUUUCUACUAGCACUUCGGAUCAACUUCCGGACGCCCACCACAUCAUGAGACUGCUCGCUUGCAUUCGCAUCACCACCUGGAGCCGCACCUGGGCAGGCUGUCCGUACCCGCGUCUGACAACCCGUGAACCAUGUAGUACGGGCCUGACAGCCAGCGAUUGCCCGACUGACGGGGCGAUCACUUGUGCAAUGCCUGGGGCGCUACCUACCCGCCAGGAUUUAUCCGCCGGUGGCAGUACCGGACGCUGCGUGCAUGGGCAGUACUUAUUUCAUUUCGACAAGUCUAACUGAAAAUUUUCUACCCCAGUACCGUGCAUGCCGGAGGCGCUUUCACCGUGAACGGGGACGUUGGUUCCUUACCCAAACGAGCUGCGACCGCAAAGUGACACGUGCCGCGGUACAGGCAAGCCAGUGUGCAUUACUCGAGCACUGUCCCGCCGCUGAUAGGUAAGGUGGCGGCUAGGCCUAUGCUUGUAUGGUCUUACAGAGUGCUAAUCCCUCUCUACACCUCGGAACUUGGUUCACAGCGCAACGUCACUGCUCGCUUCACACACGGUCCCUGCCCUCCACUGUCAGUGACCUCCUAGCGGCUCAUCACCGGAGGCUGUCCGCCCUCUCGCAUCCACUCGGGCCCCUGCCAUCAAACAGACUAUCACUCAUUCCAGCCAGCCGCGGGCAGUCGUCUCGCGACUCGCACCCUGCUCCGCUA